CGCGAGCAACCCACGCCGCCCCGCUGUCUCCGCCGGUCCGCCCCCGUCCCUCCCCUCCCCCGAAUCGCGUCGUCCCGUCUCCUGCUGCCGCGGAACCCUCGCCAUGGCGGAGGCGCCCGAGACCGCCGCCCCCACCCAGCCGCCUCCCGCGCCGGCGGCUUCGUCCCCGCCUCCCAAGUCGGGGAUCCCGCCGCGGUACGACCUGGACGCCAAGUGGGACGCGUGCCUCGACCUCUCCAUCCGCCGCGUCGCCUACUCCUCCCUCGGCGGCGCCUUUGCGGGCCUCCUCCUCUUCCGUAGCCCUACUACUCGCUGGGCAUCAGUUGCCCUUGGAGCUGGUGUGGGGAUAGGGGCUGCAUACACUGAAUGCUCAUACUUAUUCAAUGGUGCUCCAAAGUGUUCACCCAAAGUCUCAACUAUUACCUCUGCACACUCUGAUGUAAUUGCUCUCUCAUUCUCUCUUAAUCCUGUUUGAACUCUCUGCUGACUGGUUUAAACAUCAUUAUUACAUGACUAGUCUUCUAUUAGAUGGAUGGAUCCUUCUUUUUGCCUGAUCAGUGUAUCUUUGCUAGAGUUACUCCCUCUCUGAUUAUGAAAGUCUAAGCUAUACUGACUUUGGCUAUCCGUUAGAUAUAUUCAAAAAAAGGGCAGACUCAGCGUCGGAGGCUCCCCCACAUGAGUGGGGGGUUUGGGAAAGUGAUAAGCCGAGGUAGCCCCCCCCCCCCCCCCCCCCCCCACCGAGUGUGGAGAGGCUGCUUUGAAUCCACGACCUAGUGAGUCAGCGAGACAGUUCUCGGCACUGCACCAUGCCUGCCCUUCUCGUUAGAUAUAUUAGUUCAUAGGUAAUAUGAUCGUCUAAAUUCUCAAAUGGUAUAGACUGCCUAGUGGAUCUUGUAUUUAUCUUCCAUUUUUUUUACUAAAAUCUGGUCUGCGGCUUAGCUCGCAAUUUCAGAAGAACUAUUGUGAUCUUCUGGAUUCAACUGGCUUGUUGCAUUUUUGGAUCCUUGCCUCGGUUAUUCGGUUCCUUCCCCAGACUCCACUCAUUUGGGAGCCGCCAGUACUUCUUUCUUAUAAAUGCCAACAAGUGGUAAUCUUAGAAGAUAAAAUAGGUAUACAGAAAAAGAUGAUUAUAACCAAAAGCACAAAACCAGAGUAUGGGAGUACUUCUGUAACUAUGGAUUUUUAUAGUACUAUAUUCUGCUACUGCUUGUGUUUCAUUUGUUUUGCUUAUCUUAUCUAUAGAAGGUUAGCAGCAUGUUUAAAACUCAUUUUCUAUCAGGAAUCGUUUAGAUGAUUGUAUCCUAGGUCAGCUACAUUUUAUGCAAUCUGGUAUAGUUUUAUUUUUAGCACACAUGAUCUGUGAACAGGAUCGUGUAUGCUUUGGUAAAACCACUACAAGACUAAUUGGCUGUGAUGAAGUGAUGAUAAUCUGUAUAGUUUUGUAUUGCUGUCUCUGUUAGCGGUUCUGAUGAUAAUGAAAUCGGUGCUGGUGGUAGAUUGAAAUGCUACUGGUUAACCUAUACUUGUAUAUAUUCUUAUUAACGUCUCUUUUUAUUCCCCUUUUUGCAGGGGGGAGAUAAGUAAACCCUUGCUGUUGGAUUGGUCCAUCUCGGUGGAGUUUUUGUAUGUGUGAAGUACCGGUUGUUUCAUGCUGGAUAUUGCGCUACUUGUGGCCAUAGUAUGUCAUUGAAGCUAGAUGCGCCUCACUUGAGAGUUUUGUUGCAAACCUAUUCCAAUUGUGGUCUGAUGACCCCUGGCAAAGAGCUUUUGCAAGCUGACGUU